CUUAGACCCGAAAUCAUCCAACAGCGAUGGCAUCAAAAUGCUCGUUUCCGGAGCCUUUGGCUUCACUUCCCUGCAGAAAUCAUCCAAUGGUGUCGGCAUCAACCUUACCUCAACAUUUCUUGUGAGUAUAAAUUUGUUGUAAUUGAUGUUGCUCUGAUCUUCUUCUUGUAAAACAACAACAACGAUAACAACAUGGAUUCUUUCUCUUCCUCUUUCCUCUCUACUUUAGCCAUUCCAAAAGUACUGCUUUCCCCAACCAAAACGAUGAGAACGCUACACCCAGCAUCAGCUUCUGGUCCUCUCCUCAAUGUCUCUUCUGUUAGGAUUGAAGAAAAACCAACCCAACAACCCCCAACAGAAAGAACUUCUGCAACCCCCACCACCACAACAUUACCCCGACCUCCAAAUGCCAACGGUCGACCAUUAUCGAAGAAGUCUGCUUCUUCAUCGAUUGCUACACCAUUGGCCAAGAAAUCUCAGGCAAAACCAGAGUUAAAGAAACAAGCAGAGAUGUCAGUUCCGGCAGUGUUCUUCAAUGCGUUCGACGACAUCAUCAACAAUUUCAUAGACCCUCCCCUCCGACCUUCGGUGGACCCAAGAAAUGUUCUUUAUAACAAUUUUGCUCCGAUCGAGGAGCUUCCCCCUACAGAGUGUGAGGUGAUACAAGGAUCCCUGCCGGCGGCUCUUGAUGGUGCUUACAUUCGCAAUGGCCCCAAUCCACAGUUCCUCCCUCGUGGGCCUUACCACCUCUUUGACGGCGAUGGCAUGCUCCACUCCAUUCGGAUCUCCCAAGGCAAAGCCACACUCUGUAGCCGCUACGUCAAGACCUAUAAGUACACCGCAGAGCGUGACGCUGGCUAUCCCCUACUUCCCAAUGUCUUCUCGGGCUUUAAUGGCCUUGCUGCCUCGGCAGCGCGGGGUGCUCUCUCUGCUGCCCGAAUAGUCGUCGGUCAAUUCAACCCUGCUAACGGCAUAGGUCUCGCAAACACCAGCUUGGCUUUCUUUGGCAAUCGUCUCUAUGCACUCGGUGAGUCCGAUCUCCCUUACUCGGUUCGAUUGACCUCCAACGGAGACAUCGAGACUCUAGGUCGCCAUGAUUUUGAUGGUCAGCUUUUUAUGAGCAUGACUGCUCACCCCAAAGUAGACCCUGAAACUGGUGAGGCGUUUGCAUUUCGAUAUGGCCCGAUUCCUCCGUUUCUGACCUUCUUCCGGUUUGAUGCGAACGGUACAAAACAGCCAGACGUGCCCAUAUUUUCCAUGGUCCGUCCCUCUUUCCUCCAUGACUUCGCAAUUACCAAGAAGUACGCCAUAUUUGCAGACAUACAGAUAGGAAUGAACCCCUUGGAAAUGAUAGCUGGAGGGUCUCCGGUGGGAACGGACCCAGCCAAAGUGCCCAGACUGGGAGUUAUCCCUCGAUACGCAAAGGACGAGUCGGAGAUGAGAUGGUUCGACGUGCCGGGCUUCAACAUCAUACACGCCAUCAAUGCAUGGGACGAAGAGGAUGGUAACGCAAUAGUGAUGGUGGCACCAAACAUAUUGUCGGUGGAGCAUACUUUGGAGAGAAUGGACCUCAUCCACGCUAUGGUGGAAAAAGUGAGGAUCGACCUCAGGACGGGAAUUGUUACAAGGCAUCCCAUUUCAGCAAGAAAUCUAGACUUUGCAGUGAUAAAUCAGGCAUACGUGGGGAGGAAGAACAAGUACGUUUACGCAGCUGUGGGUGAUCCAAUGCCCAAGAUAUCAGGAGUGGUGAAGCUGGACGUUUCCAAGGGUGAGCGUGAGGAUUGCAUAGUGGCAAGCAGAAUGUUUGGGGCAGGAUGCUACGGUGGAGAGCCUUUCUUCGUGGCCAAGGCGCCGGAGAGUAACCAAGAGGCAGAGGAGGACGAUGGGUACGUAGUAUCCUAUGUCCAUGACGAGAACGCAGGGGAGUCGAGGUUCUUGGUGAUGGAUGCCAAGUCUCCGAAUCUUGAUGUUGUGGCCGCCGUGAAGCUGCCGCGUAGGGUACCCUAUGGCUUUCACGGAUUAUUUGUGAGAGAAAGCGACCUCAAAGCCCUAUAAUUUCCUCCAAUUAAUCCAGUAACAUACAAGGGUUUUGCUGCACAAGUGUCUGUGUUUGGACGAUGGAUCAGAGGUCGUCAUGUCACUUCACUUCACAUUGAAUUAAGAAACAACAAAUAUAUAUAUAUAUAUAUAUAUUUACUGAUCGAUUAAUAUUAUGUUUCGAUCAUCAUUCAUGUACAGAUUAUAGUAAAGUUAUUUCACUACUUGUCUACA